AGCAUCCGACGCACAACAAACUCGAGAUUUCUCAACUAUAAUACUUUUUGAAAAUACCAAUUUCCCACAGUGCAAACCAAAUUCUUGGAAUUCUUGUUCUUUGUGAGACAGUGCAAAAAAAACGAAAAAUUAAUUAUAGAAGUGGAUAAGACUUCGUGAUUCCGAACGAUAAGCGUAAUCAGAGCGAAGCCGAAGCAGAUCGAGUGACGCUGAUCUUGGCAUUUUCUGGACGAAAAAAAUCAUUGAGUAUAUUCUUUGUCGACUGUCUGACGAGAGCGUUCGGUGAGAUAGAGCUGUAUAUUAUAAAAAAAAGUGCGGAAAGUGAUAAAUCCAUCGGCCAGUCUCGAAGGAUCAUAAAAAUGUUACGAAAACCGGUGGUUUUGCUGCUAUUAUUGCUGCUAGUAGUGAAAGUCCAUGAAGUGAAGCCAGAUAAAGCAAAGAGAGAAACUCUUUUCAGCAAACUGCGUUUGAUAACGCGCGCUGCUGUGGACUUAUACCGUAUACUGAAAAAGAUCAUAACUCGUCCAGAAAAUGUGAAUAUAAUGUUGGAUGAACUAAUCGACUGGUUUGCGGACGAGGAUACACAUGAGCUCGAUGUAAUCAAUGCAAAGUUGACAGAUAUUUCGUCGAAGUUGAACUGGAUUAUGAUGCGCAUGGAGGCGAAGUUUUCGGCGAUAGAACAAAUGAUUAGCCAACUGCCAUUGACAAUUGAGAUCGACAGUAUAAAGCGCGAUCUAGCACUGACCAUCAGGAAAAUAAAAAAUUUGUAUGAUGUUGCUCUCACUUGUUCCAGCGAUAUCGAUCAACACAAUAAGGUGGAGCUUCAGAAUCUAGCGAAUACACUGACAGGAAGACAGGCGGGGGAUCUACGUGAUAGUCUUUCGAAGUUGUAUGAUUACAUUGUCCCAGUAACUGCGAAGAAUCUUAAACAAAGCUUUUUGGAUCUUCUGAAUCAUCAUGUACAGGCAAAGGGCGAAACCCUGUGUGGAGAUAUACAGUCGCCCAAUCAGUAUUUAUACCAAUUGCACAAGGUUGUUGUUGCAAGUGAAAUGAUGGGCCAGAUUGCUCUAACUUUUGGCUACUAUUUGCAGAAUAAGUUGAACAAUGUCACCAUUGACUUUGAACUGAAACGAGCUCAGGUAGAUCGACGGGAAAGAUUGCAGAAUUACUUUGGUAAAUUCAAGAGUGCCAUGGAAGCCGCUUCACUGAGUUUACGACCAUGUGAUCCCCCAAAUUUUAUUAGAGGUAAAACAUUUAUUGAAAUGGAAAGACUUUUUCAAGCCGUACUCGUUGAGGAUUACAACCUGAACUAUAGAGAUUCAUGUCGAGGAACAUGUGAAACUAUUGACGUGUAUGCCCAUAGGAAUGACAAUGACGGAGUGUUUUGUGCUCGCCUUCACAAAUGUUGGAAGUUGAAAACUUCCCGAUAUUGUAUAAGGCCAAACGAGCUUCGAAGGUACGAAUGGAUCGAAGAUCGACAAGGUACCAUUUACGGUGAGAAAAAUGGCUGCCAGGGUCAAGAACUGGCAACACCUGGAUGGCGAAAACGUUUAUAUCCCUGUGAAAAUUGUAUUUGUACAUGUGACGGUGGACACAAGUGGGGCAUGGCAAAUGAAGUUCACGCAUUCAGUUUACGAGUAUCACGAAGCAACACUGCGGAGAAUAUGGUUGUUACAGGAAUCCAGUUUACGAGACACGAAUCCAUAAUUUGCAUUCAAAUAAAAGAAGGCAAAUUACUCCCUGGGGGUGAAAUCGAUGUUAAUUCUGAAAAAUGGAGAGAGUGUGAUCUAUCCUAUUCAUCUUAUCGGAUGUCUAGAUUUGGAACGUCUGACUACAUCGCCGAAGAAGACUACGUUGUCUUGACAAGGUUCUACAAUUUUAUCGAUCUUGAUGACUUUGUUGAACAGAGAGAUGCAAUUGUUACUGGCGUCAAGUUUGGCCUUUCAGAAUACUGUACAGGAGGUAAACAUGUAAAAUUGCAAUUGGAAUACUCAAAAUUCAAUUUUUCGUCCGGUGAAUUGAAAUCCCGUGAAGGAUUUCAGUCGUCCUCAACUUGUCACAGGCAAAAAAUAAGUAUUGCUGAUACUGAUAGUCCACUGAAUCAAAGGAAGCCAAGGGACCAGAAUACAGUGGACUCCAAAGUAAAUAGUUAUGUGAGCUUCACCUGGUCUAGUUUUAAGCGAGACGUUGGGCAAACAACUCUCCCAUUAUUGGAUUCCCAGCCGGUGGAGAGUAAACCAUCAGCUCCCUUAUCCGGUGUUGGACUGUUCUACAAAUCAUCCCCGGGAUAUGGAGGAUUCCUGGGGUUUAAAAUCCACACCCUCAACUACGGAAGGUACAUGGAGGAGGAAAUGAUUGAGGAUAUUUUGGAUGACGAUCCAGAAGACUUUGAGAUUGGUAUUACCACUGAAAGAUACAGCAAAGAAUUACACGUGAAUUUCAGCGAAAGACUAUUACCAGCAGUGGAUGAAGGAGCUGACGAUACAGUCCACUUUUAUGGUCAACGAGGCAAAGAAAUUGAUGAUAACUCUGCUUCAUACUCUCCUUACUUCAUGUUCGUCGUGCUACCGCUUUUUUUAAUUGUUUGUCUUUAUAUCUUUACGACAGUCAAAAAAUGCAAAGACAAUGCACAACCGAUAGUUAUAUUUUCCUCUGUACCUUCUGAUGAACGAGAACUGAAGUAAUAGUAUAGUAUUGUGUUACUAGUGCGUACAGUUCCACUUUUUCUCACACAGGUGUACAUAUCCUAUUUUUGUGAUACCUGCCAAAUUCACUGUUCCGAACGCCGGUGGGGGUGAAGUGCUUGCUUUUUGUGUACGAGUGUACAAAGUUCAGGAGCGUGCAUAAAGUGAAUGUCGAGUGCGUAAAGCGAAGCUUACGCGUAAUUUUAUGAUUGGAGACUCCCCCAUAUUUUUUGAG